CGGGGCGGCGCUGCGCCCCUUCCCGCCGCUCGGCCGCGGGGCCCGGGGCUGGCCCGCCGCAGGCGCUGCGUGGGCUCCCAGUGCGCUGCCCCCGCCGCCGGGCGCAGGAUGCAGUGUCUCGGCGCCGAGCACCUGGUUUCCUCUGAGAGGAGCCCCAGGCCAAGAGCAUGGCGACCUCAGAUUUACAGGAAAUGCACAGAUACGGCCUGGUUGUUCCUGUUCUUUCUCUUUUGGACUGGUUUGGUGUUCAUCAUGGGCUACUCGGUGGCGGCUGGAGCCACAGGCCGACUCCUCUUCGGCUACGACAGCUUUGGCAACGUGUGUGGCAGGAAGAACUCCCCCGUGGAAGGGGCCCCUCUUUCAGGGCAGGACAUGACCCUAAAAAAACAUGUGUUUUUUAUGAAUUCCUGCAACCUGGAGGUCAGAGACAUGAGGCUCGGAUCCAUUGUCCUCUGCGUGUCCAGCUGUCCUGAAGAGCAGCUCAACACCCUGGAAGAGGUCCAGCUCUUUGCGAACACCAGUGGGUCCUUCCUGUGUGUUUAUAGCUUGAAUUCCUUCAACUACACCCAGAAUCCAAAUGCAGACUCCCUGUGCCCCAAGCUACCAGUUCCUCCAAGCAAGUCUUUUCCCUUGUUUAACCGAUGCGUCCCUCAAACGCCUGAGUGCUAUUCCCUGUUUGCAUCUGUUUUGAUCAAUGAUGCUGACACCCUCCACCGAAUCCUAAGUGGAAUAAUGUCAGGAAGAGACACCAUCCUCGGCCUCUGUAUCCUCGCAUUCGCCUUGUCUUUGGCCCUCGUGUUCACCUUCCGACUCGUCAGCACCCUCCUGGUUCACAUUUUCUUCGCCCUGGUUGUUUCGGGAUUGCUGUUUGUCUGCGGCGUCUUGUGGUGGCUGUAUCACGACUACACCAAUGACCUCAGCGUAGAAUUGGACAACGAAAGGGAAAACAUGCAGUGUGUGCUGGGGUUUGCUCUCGUGUCUACAGCUAUCACGGUAGUUCUGCUCGUCUUGAUUUUUAUCCUCAGAAAGAGAAUCAAAUUGACAGUUGAACUUCUCCAAGUCACAAAUAAAGCCAUCAGCACCUCCCCUUUGCUGCUGUUCCAGCCGCUGUGGACACUGGCCAUCCUCGUUGUCUUCUGGGUCCUCUGGGUGGCGGUGCUCCUGAGCCUGGGGACGGCAGGAGCUGCACAAGUUGUCGAAGGCGGCCAAGUGGAAUAUAAGCCUCUUUCGGGCAUUCGGUAUAUGUGGUGGUACCAUUUAAUUGGCCUCAUCUGGACUAGCGAAUUCAUUCUGGUGUGCCAGCAGAUGACCAUAGCUGGGGCAGUGGUUACGUGUUAUUUCAACAGAAAUAAAAAUGACCCUCCUGAUCACCCGAUCCUGUCAUCGCUCUCCACUCUUUUCUGCUACCAUCAGGGAACAGUGGUCAAGGGGUCCCUGCUGAUCCCUGUGGUGAGCAUUCCGAGAGCCGUUCUGACGUCCCUCUCUCACGCUCUGCCGGAGAAGCAGCGUGGUCAAGCUGGUGCCUGGUCGAGCUUCGUGCUCCGGUGCUGCUCCUGCUGUCUCCAGCGUCUUGACGGAUGCCUGCGCCAUCUCAACCAGAAUGCGUACACUGCAACUGCCAUUAAUGGGACAGAUUUUUGUACAUCAGCACAAGAUGCUCUCAAACUCUUCUCCAAGAAUUCAAGUCACUUUACAUCUGUUAACUGCUUUGGAGACUUCAUCAUUUUCCUUGGAAAGGUCUUGGUGGUGUGUUUCACUGUUUUCGGAGGCCUGAUGGCAUUUAACUACAACCGUGUGCUCCAGGUGUGGGCAAUCCCACUGCUUUUGGUUGCUUUUUUUGCCUACUUAGUAGCCCAUAGUUUUUUAUCUGUGUUUGAAACUGUGCUGGAUGCACUUUUCCUGUGUUUUGCUGCGGACCUGGAAACAAACGAUGGAUCAGCGGAAAAGCCCUACUUUAUGGACCAAGAGUUUUUGAGUUUUGUAAAAAGGAUCAAUACCUUGAACACCGCAAGGGCACAGAGAGGCCCCAACUCAGUAACGAACGAAGAGGGAACAGAACUCCGGCCGCUGUGAGAUAAGCGCCCCUUAGGUAUUUGUACCUGGAGGAAGUUUCCUUCUCCUAAAAGCCAGGCACAGAAUGAAUGAGAAGGCCUGAUAUGGACCCUGUUCGCUGGGUUUGCCCCCGUUGUUUGAUCAGGUUACAAUAUUAGAACCAUCAGCGGAUACCACCUUUUUUUUUUUCCGUACCAACUGGUGCAAAAACUUUUAAAUCAUGUUUAUAAGGUCAUUUAAAAAGCCUGCUCUGUAAAACCUCAGGUAAGGGCACCAAUGAAAAGGACAUUCCUCAGGACUGAUAAGUAAACCUUAGCAGACAUCUCUGGAAUGUGGCCCUCAGCACAGAGGACGUGCCCUCCUGGAAACAUGCUAAAUAGAUGAGAGCUUUUCCUUAGAUUUGGUGACAAUUAAGGCUGAAACUACUACCUGAAGGGUGAGGUAUUAAAACAGAGGCAGCAAUUUAAACAGAUGCGAACAGUUAAAUUGUGUUCACAGCAUAAGGCUGCCUCUUGGGAAUGAGCGAACAUUCUGCCCAAGUGGUUUCCAGCCACAGCCUCCGGAGGAAGCUUCUGCCUGGUCCCCAUCCCCAGAUUGGGAGUCAGUGAUGGGUCGGAGGAGUUUGUGGCGGCUCUUCCUCCUUUUAAAGCUUUAAACAAAUAGAACAGCUAUCAUGCUAUUGGCAGCCUCAGAUCAACUAAAUGAGCAGGUGAACAGAAUUACCCGCUGUCUUAACAGGACACUCAGUCUGGCUUAUUUGGCCGCGGGCAGCGCACCAUGAGGUUCCCCUCAACACUUCUUCUUCUUCUUCGAGGAGGAGGGCAUGUCAGCUCAGGUCUCCUUUAACAAACGCAGAUUACAACUUUUUUCUUAAAUGGCAUCACUGAAUUAGUCGAGCCCCCCAGUCUCCUUUAGGAGAGGGACUGACCAGCAGUUUCUCCGAAGCCUUAAGCUUAGGCACCGAGGCUUGAUGAGCGAGUCGAGUGCACUUUGAUGGGUGCAUCCAAGCCCCCUGUGUCCACUAUCGGCCCCAGCAAAAAACGACCGGCCACACUGCACCCCCAAGGCCUAAGAGGGCCAAGUCCUAUCAGGGGCAAUCACUUGGCUGAAAAAAAUGUCAGAAAGUGGAUCUUUUAGUGAUUAGACUCUUUCAUCAUUAGAGCACCCAGCUGUUUGACCUUCUCUGUCCUAACUGAAGGUUGGGCUCUGCUCACUCGUCAAGCUGCAAAUCCUAGCUGAUCAUCAAGCUGCAUGUCCUAGUCCUGAUCCAGUAGGUUACUCUUUAUUCACCCUAGAACAUGAAUAUGAAAUCCCCCCACUCGUUUCCCGAAGAUGAUUUUAAGAGUAUUCCAGACUGGAUUUAGGAUGAAUUGGGGGCCGCUGAGUCACAAUGGAAUAAGCAAGGGUCAAAUGAAUAGUUUGAAUCCUGGUUGGCAUUUACUGGGUGCAAAGGCCAGGUCCCUUCAUUCUUCUGAGCCUCCGCCUCAAGCACUAGGUCUCAGCGCAUGCUGUGUAGACUCGGUAAAGAACUGUUAAAGUACCUUACCACAGUACCUGGGAAAGAGUACUUUAACCAAAAAAAAAAAAAAAAAAAUCUGACUCUACCCAGCUGGAAGUAAGCCAGAAAAUAAUCAGCCUGUGGCUCAUGUGAAUGUUCAAAAAAAAUAUUUAUUUAUAAAAAAUACAAUGGGAUAAGUUUAUGCUGAGAAAUGCAGCAAUAAAUACAGUGGAAGAAAACAGAGCAACUCUACAGCGAUACAUUGGCACAAACAGGAAGAGCACACGCACCCCUAGACCUCGACGUCUGCGGGCUGGUUUUGUACACGCUCCUUCGAAACACCCCUCGGAAAGGGUCUUGUCGGCUUAGGUAAGAGAAUGAGUACACGUGUAAUCACAAAUGCACGCUGAUCAGGACUUUAUUUAAAAAUUAGCAAACAAUACUGUAGAAACAUUGAUACAUAAAUUUCUAAAAAUGCUGCAUCUUAAAUUUAGCUGGCAAAGACCACAUUUAACUCUAAGCAUGAGUUUAGUCUUCCAUGUAGAAACCAGAUACGAAACUGUAAGAAAAAAAAAACGAACAAACCAGGACGCUUCCUAUUGUUUGAAAAUACCAGUUUUAAGUAGAGGACUGUAAAAAUGCAUAGAUUUUUUGUAAUAAAAGAAUUGACUGUACAAGA